AUGUCUACGUACAUUCCUCCAAUCAAAAAAUUGUCAUCUAGAGUAAUAAGAAUUUUAGGAUGUAAUCCUGGUCCUAUGACACUUCAAGGAACCAACACUUAUUUAAUUGGAACUGGAAAAAGAAGGGUUUUAUUAGACGCUGGCGAUGAAAAUGUUGAUGAAUACAUCUCUAACUUGGGACAAGUUUUAAAAGCUGAAAAUGCUGUCAUUCAUAAAAUUAUUAUUACACAUUGGCAUCACGAUCACAUUGAGGGAGUGCCAAACGUUAUAAAAUUAAAUGGAAAAUGUAAUUUGGUUAAAUUCAAGAGGCCAGACUUUGAAACUUUAUCUUCAAAUGAUGAUUCGAUUGAAUUUUUAAAGGAUGGAGAUGUUAUUGAAAUAGAAGGAGCUAGUUUAAAGGUGUAUCACACUCCGGGCCAUACAACUGAUCAUAUUUCUGUCGUGUUGAAAGAAGAAAAUGCUUUGUUCAGUGGCGAUUGUAUUUUGGGAGAGGGAACGACAGUAUUUGAAGAUUUGUCCGAUUACAUGACAUCUCUAAAUGUUAUAUUAAAUCUUAAUCCAUCUGUUAUUUACCCUGGACAUGGACCUGAAAUAAUGGAGCCUAUUUCUAAAAUAAAAUAUUACAUAGAACAUAGAAUGCAAAGAGAAAAACAAAUCAUUGAUUUUUUAAGAAGUAAAAAUAUGAAAGUCACAGCAGAAGAAAUUGUUAAAAAUAUAUACGAGAAUAUUCCAAAACAUUUGAUUAAAGCAGCAGAAAUUAAUGUAAAUCAUCAUUUAAGAAAACUAGAAAAAGAAGGGAAAGUCACUCGUGAUGAAAAAGGUUGGAUUUUAAAAAAAAUUAAUUCAUCAUUGUGA